AUGGAUAAAGCGGACAUUUUGGAAUUCAUUUCAAUAAUAAAAAUCCUUAGGCUAUUCAAACUGACGAGGCAUAGCCCAGGAUUAAAGAUAUUAGUACACACGUUCAAAGCAUCUGCUAAGGAGUUAACACUUCUAGUGUUUUUUCUGGUGCUCGGCAUCGUGAUUUUCGCCAGUUUGGUUUACUACGCUGAGAAAUCGCAGGAUAAUCCAGAAAAUCAAUUCAAAUCCAUCCCGUUGGGGCUGUGGUGGGCCAUUGUCACAAUGACCACUGUGGGUUAUGGUGACAUGGCGCCGAAAACCUACUUGGGGAUGUUCGUUGGAGCGCUGUGUGCACUGGCCGGAGUAUUGACCAUUGCAUUGCCGGUUCCUGUAAUAGUAUCAAACUUCUCAAUGUUCUACUCGCAUACACAGGCACGUUCAAAACUACCAAAGAAGAGGCGUCGCGUAUUGCCAGUGGAGCAACCUCGAAGAAAACGCGACGCUAGCGCCUCCAACCGGCGGGUAAACGCAGUAAAACAUCCGGUGGUUCUCAAGGAUUUGUCACCGGCAAAUAACAAAUUUGGUGUAAAUGGAAUGAACAUGAUCAGUUUGGCUUUGCAAGGACCUCCAAAUUUACUUCGACCUCCAGCCAAUACUCAACCAUUGCAAGCUAGAGCUCCAAUUGUUGAGAGCCCUAUCAUCAAUACACAGUGUGGCGCAAUUUCGUUAGCAUCGUUACAACCACCUCUGAUGACCGCCCCGCCCUUGCAACCGAGACCUGCAACCACUGGAUCCCUUGACCUAAUGUUGCCACUUCAACCAAAAUUACUACCUGGCUAUAACAUACAGUCAUCAUUUCUCUCUAGUACCCUAUCAACUGUUAGACCUCCAGAUUUACUAGACAAAAAUGUCAAAAAGGAUGGAGACACUUUUAAACCAAGCGUUGAUGUGAUAAUCGAAAAAGGAGAAUCCAUUUCUGAAAACUCAACCAGGGAUAGUAAUGAAGAAAAUUCUGAAAGUAAUAAUUGCAAGAAUAUAGAUAAAAAAUCAGGAACAGAAUUUGUAGAUAAUGUACAAGAAAAUAUUCUUAAUAUAAAUGAUAAUGAGAGUAAUAACGAAAAUAAUAUUUCUAAUUUUAAAGAUGAAAUCAAUUCUAACAUAAAUGUUACGGAUUUAAAAUCAGAUACAAAUUUAGUUAGCAGCUCAAAUGUUAGUAGCCCUAACAAUAAUUCACAUUAA